GUACAGCCCGCUUGACAGCUUUGGUAAAGCCCGCACGCUGCAGCUGCACUUCUUGCAUAUUGUCUGGUAUUCACUAGAAACCGUUAACGCCACUACAGCAAAGUUAUUUAUUUAGAAUUUUCAGAUUGAAACGGCUGAGUUAACUUUAUAUCAGUAUGUCUGUUAUAAAGAAAGGAGAUUUGACCGACACUGAAAAGGAGCUACUGGAGGUUAUUGCUGCAGGAAAUGUACAGGAAGCCUCAAGACUGCUGGGCUCUAAAGAUGUCAGAGUCAACUGCCUGGAUGAGUAUGGCAUGACUCCUCUCAUGCAUGCUGCAUAUAAGGGCAAGGCAGACAUGUGUAAGCUGCUGCUGCAACAUGGUGCAGACGUCAACUGCAACGAGCACGAGCACGGCUACACCGCUCUCAUGUUCGCAGGACUGUCGGGGAAAACAGAUAUCACCUGGAUGAUGUUAGACGCUGGAGCAGAGACGGAUGUGGUGAACUCUGUAGGCAGAACAGCAGCACAAAUGGCUGCUUUUGUAGGGCAGCAUGACUGUGUGACCGUUAUCAAUAACUUCUUCUCCCGGAAGAGACUCGACUACUACACAAAACCCCAGGGCUUGGAGAAGGAGCCAAAACUGCCUCCUAAACUGGCUGGACCUUUACACAAAAUUAUCAUGAGCACAAAUCUUAAUCCUGUCAAGAUGGUGAUGCUGGUGAAGGAAAAUCCUCUACUCAUGGAUGCAGAGGCUCUUGAGAAAUGUCGUAAAGUGAUGGAGCUGAUCUGCGAGAAGUGCGUAAAGCAGCAGGACAUGAACGAGGUGCUGGCCAUGAAGAUGCACUACAUCAGUUGUGUCCUGCAGAAAUGUGGCUCUUUCCUCAAAGACCGGGAGGAUAAACUGGACGGCCUCCUCAAGAGUCUACUAAAGGGACGAGACAGUGACUGCUUCCCGGUGUUCCAGGAAAAAUUUAUUCGGGAAUGCAUCCGGAAAUUUCCUUACUGCGACGCUACUUUACUCCAGCAGCUUGUCAGAAGUAUAGCUCCUGUGGAAAUAGGCAAUGACCCCACAGCGUUGUCAGUGCUCACCCAAGCCAUCACAGGACAGGUGGGCUUCAUGGAUGCUGAGUUCUGCACCACGUGUGGGGAGAAGGGGGCAGAGAAGAGGUGCUCCAUCUGCAAAAUGGUUAUUUACUGUAACCAAGAUUGCCAGAAGCUGCACUGGUUCACCCACAAGAAGAUCUGCAAGAAACUCCAGGAGCAGAGGCAGAAGCAUGAGGCUGAAUCAGCCAAGCGACUAGAGAAACAGGCCAAAGAAUCCGAGGAGAAGAAAGCACUGGAAGAGACGAGUAGCAGCAUGGAAAAUCUUUCUCUCGAGCAGAGUGAAGUUAGCAGCACAUCAGAUGUUCAAAUAGAAACCAAGAGCACCGACCCCAUUCAGAUAACUUCAGACUGAGUCAUGCGGGUUAAACACAGGCGACAUUUAGCCCUGAAUCAUUUCCAUUAAUCGCCGUCACACCCUGCCUCAGCCAGAACACUCUGACGUCCACGGCGUCCAAAAUCUGGGGACCUUCUGAAGGUUUCUGUCAGAGGAGGAGUUUUUGGAGAAUGAGAUCUGAUGGAAAAGCUAACAGAGCUUUCAACACAUGCACAGGCUUUCCUUCAACAUGCGACACAUUUUACUGUACUAUUUGUUCUUUUAUAGCUAGCAUUAUGUGAUCAUGUAUCAGAAUUAGAUUUGGUAUAGAGAGUAUAUAUUUAUGACCGUAAGUCUUAAGUUAAACCUUAUGUUGCUAUGUGAUGUUGCAUAGAGGAUAAAGAUGUUGAAGCCUAUGCCUUAAAUGAUGUUGGCAAGUCUGUAGUUGUGAUUUUGGAUGAAAAUCAUUAAUACAGUCUACAGCAGACUUAAGAACACGUCA